GAUAUCCGAAUCAGUCUACGGCAACAAGACGAUCGAGGCCGUCGUCGAGACACCGUACCAAUGGAAGGCGCGGCGGGGAGGACGGCGGCGGCGGCGGCAGUGUGCGUGACCGGCGCGGGGGGCUUCGUGGCCUCGUGGCUCGUCGAGCGCCUCCUCGCCGCCGGCCGGUACACGGUCCACGGCACCGUCCGCGAUCCGGGCGACGCCAAGAACGCGCACCUGGCGGCGCUGGACGGCGCGGCGGAGCGGCUGCGGCUGUUCAGGGCCGACGUGCUGGACUACGGCGCCGUAGCGGCGGCCGUCGCCGGCUGCGACGGCGUCUUCCACGUCGCCUCCCCGGUCCCCUACGCCAUCACCGACCCCGAGGCACCUCACCUCGCACUUCCAGCUGCUCUGCUUUCCCUUUCUUUUAAUCUUUCCUCUGCGUCACCAUGCUCAUCCGACACCGACCACUUGCUACAGGUCGAGCUGCUCGCCCCCGCCGUGACGGGCACCAUGAACGUCCUGAAGGCGUGCUCCGAGGCCAAGGUCAAGAGGGUCGUCGUGGUGUCGUCUCUCUCCGCCGUGAUGGUGAACCCUGCCUGGCCGCAGAGCGAGGUCAUGGAUGAAGCUUCCUGGUCUGACGUCGAAUUCUGCAGAUCCACUCAGAACUGGUACUGCCUCUCCAAGACACUGGCAGAGCUCGAGGCAUUCGACUACGCCAAGAGAACCGGGCUGGACGUGGUGUCAGUCUGCCCGUCCCUGGUGAUCGGGCCCCUGCUGCAAUCCACGGUGAACGCGAGCAGCUCCGUCAUAGUCGACUGCUUGGAAGGAGAUCGCGAGGUGAAGCUGAAGCUGAGGAACUUCGUGGACGUCCGCGACGUCGCCGACGCUCUGCUCCUGGUGUACGAGGCUCCGGAGGCGUCGGGGAGGUACAUCUGCGAUGCGCACGCGAGGCAGGUGUCCGAUGUCGUGGAGCUGCUGAAGGGCUGGUACCCGACUUACAAGCAUGCCACCAAUGGCAGGUUCCUGCAAGUGAGCGAUGAGCCUCUGUUCAGUUCCAAGAAGCUGGAGGCGCUCGGCUGGAAAUUCAGGCCGUUCGAGGAGACCCUCAGGGACAGCGUCGAAUCAUUCAGGGAGGCAGGUGUCCUGGAUUGAACAAGCAGAGGCAGGUGUCCUGAAUUGAACAAGCAGAGCAGCGCCCUGUCCUGUACAUCCUUCACUUGUGAAUUGAAACGGGCAAUGUAAAAGUGAAAAGGGAAAGUGUGUCGGCGUAAUAUGGCGCUGUACUUACUUUACAAUGUUCUAGUUUAAGAAUUCAUAAUCCUUAUUAUUACUUUUCUAACUUAUCAUGAAAUGCGUGGUUUGAA